AAAAAUUCGGAGAAAAAAGCAUUUUCCAUUUUCGUUAAAGUAACAUUUAGAAAUGUCAGCCUACUUUUGAAGAGGUUACUUUUAAUUUAAUUUAAUUUUAUUUGUUUGGAAAAUCCUUUUUCCUGUGAGGAAAAGGCAAAUGAAGUGAUGGGCACUCCUGGAAAAGAUUAGUCUCAUAUGGAAUGAACUGCAGUGCUCACUCUGCUCUACAGCAUCAAAUUUGGGAAGCAGAUAUGGCAAGCACCUCUCUUCUUGUCAUUCUUAAACUGCUGAUGAUCUUAUUAUGUGCUGGUUGGAUUUCACUUUGGCUUCUCAAGCCCACAGAUUUAUGGGCAACCAAAUGGAAAGGAGCUGAAGAUAAUGCAUCAAAUACUGUCUUCGGCUACAAUGGGCUUGAUUUGGCUGUCUAUACAUUUCCUGUUAUUGCUGUGGCUAUAAUUGGAUUUAUUUACUUGGAAUUAAAACCAAAGGAUCAAAGAAGCAGACAAGCAAGAAGUCCAGUAAAAGGUCUCUCAAAUCCACUCAUUGUCAACAGUUAUUUGGGUAUCUUCUCCACAAUUGAGAUUCUUGGUGUACUACUCUUCAUCCUCUUCCUAACAUGGACUUUCUAUGCCCACGUCUCUAAUGAUUUCAAAAAAUUUAUGCCAGUCAAGAACUGGAAAUUGAACAUGUGGCAAUUCAAAAUUUAUAAGAUGUCAAUCCGGUUCGGCUUGUUGGCAGAAGCCAGCCUGGCACUGCUGCUUCUGCCUGUCUUGAGGGGUCUGGCAGUGUUUCGUUUACUCGGCCUCCAGUUUGAAGUUUCAGUAAGAUACCAUGUCUGGCUUGGGACUGCUAUGAUACUUUUUGCCACCUUGCAUGGUUCAGGCACCUUCUUUAUAUGGGGUCUCAAACACCACAUUCAGGAUGAGAUGUGGAAAUGGCAGAAAACAGGCCGCAUAUACCUUGCUGGUGAGAUUGCUCUUGUUACAGGGCUAGUCAUCUGGAUCACAUCACUUCCACAAAUAAGAAGGAAACAGUUUGAAAUCUUCUACUACACACACCAUCUUUACAUAGUCUUCUUAGUAUUUUUCCUGUUCCAUGUUGGAGAUAGGCAUUUCUACUUGGUUUUCCCUGGGAUUUUUCUCUUCGCCCUUGAUAAGCUACUCCGGAUCAUACAAUCAAGACCACAAACUUGCAUACUUUCUGCACGAGUCUUCCCCUGCAAAGCUAUGGAGCUUGUUCUGCCCAAAGACCCAAGAUUGAAGUAUACUCCAGCAAGUGUGAUAUUCAUGAAAAUACCAAGCAUAUCUAACUUACAGUGGCACUCCUUUACUAUAUCUUCUAGCUCUGGUGUUGAUGAGCACACCAUGUCUGUUAUAAUGAAAUGUGAAGGAUGGUGGACAAGCUCUCUAUACAACAUAGUACAACAAACUGAGCUAGGCUCUGAUCCUAAUCAAAUGAAGUGCAUCCCACUUUCAAUUGAAGGGCCAUAUGGACCGGAUUCACUGGACUUUCUAAGUUACGAUAGUCUACUCCUGGUUGCGGGAGGAAUAGGGAUAACACCAUUUCUAAGCAUUUUGCAAGAAUUUAAGAUUGCUCAAAGUAGUGGCAGAAAGAGAAUUCCAGCACAGAUACAACUUAUCUAUGUUGUGAAGAAGUCCCAAGAUGUAUGCCUUUUGGAUUCAGUUUUUCCUUCGUUGCUGAACCAAACGGCAGAACAACUCCAUCUGAAACUCAAAGUGUUCGUAACCCAAGAGAAAUCUGGUUCAACUCUUCCUGAACUACUGAAUGAGUUUUCUCCAGUGGAAACCAUAAACUUCGACACCCAAUUUUCAAAUUAUGCCAUACAUGGACUUGAGAAUUUACUCUGGAUGGCUGUCAUUGUUGGGUUUUCUUCAAUUAUGUUCCUCAUUGUUCUUUGUUGCUUCAACCCUGCCUUUAUUCAUCCUGCUAAGAAGGCAUAUCCCUCUUCAAUAAUUGAUCUCUUUCUUAUCUGUUCUUUCGCUAUCGCUAUCAUAUGUGGCACCUUGGUGGCUAUUAUGUUAAGAUGGAGAAAGAUAAAGAAGGAGCUUCCACCCCGCUACCAGAAACACAGCAGAGAAAUCAAACUAAAUUCCAUGGAAACAAGUCAUGCUCUUGAGGAGCAUGAAAUUCAUUUUGGAGGAAGGCCUAAUUUCCAAGAUGUAUUUUCCCAGUUUCGAAACGAAACAGGCGGAUCUGAUAUAGGGGUAUUGGUGUGUGGACCUGAAACAAUGAAGGAGUCGGUCGCUUUAAUGUGCCAGAUGAAUUCUGAAGGUGGUAUCAGGGUGUUGGGUACUCAAAGAAAGAAGCCAUACUUCAGUUUCCAGUCUCUAAAUUUCGCACUCUAGGUAUAGGUGACUAUUUGAAUUAUAUGGGAUGGGGGGGACUUGUAGAGAUAUCAUGCUGUGAAAUUACUUCUUUCCCUCCUAGAUCACAUAAAUACAAGUUUGGUAUUGCUUGAAGGUAUUGCUUGUAUUAUAUGCAGUUGAGUUGGUCAUUUAAAUCUUCAAAACAAUGACCUAGGCGUUUGAUUUCAUUUCACUAAAAAAUGUGUGAAUAUAUAUAUGUCACUGUAGCAUAUAUAGUUAUGCAUUCGGAAUGUUAAAGAAUUGUUGCUUUUGUGCA